UACCUACUGAGCUAGCGCUCACUUCCCUAAACAACUGCCACAGCUGGGGAAAAGAGAAAAAUCUGCAGUAAGCGUUAAGUGACUGACAAUUCUACAAUCACCAGUUCACACCACUGUACUUAAAUACUAAUCAUUCCUUUGUCUCCAAGGCGAGUCCCUCUUCUUCUCUCCAGGCUUUAUGAACAAUAACGGUCGGAGAUGUCGAUCAGUGGUAUGUGCACAAAGUUUGAAUCAGAUAUUAAUACAUCAAAAUUGUUGCAGGGGACUACUUGUUAUCACUGCUAUAGAAAACUUUUAUUGAAAUCUCUAAAACAAAAUCAGCACAAACAAAAAUGUUUGACAUCAAUUUUGUUUGAUUUAAGGAAGGUGCGACUGCAGCUUCACUCAUGGAGGACCGAGAAAAUGGACUAUUCAAUGCACACACACCCUCACACACACACAGAGAGACACACACAUGCACACAGAGACACACACACACACCCACACACAUGCACACACAUAAGUAAACACGUGUGUGUGAACUCAAAACGUCAAAAAGCAAAGCAAACAUGUCUGCAUCGGUACAUGGAUGUGAAUUUAUCUCGUUUCUAAUCAGAGCCACACUUAAGUGCAAUAAAUCAUGUAAAAGGUCCAGAUAGCUGCACUUAAAUAACAGCUAAAUAAAACCCAGACGCUCCUCUCGGUGCUUAUUAUUUUCAAUUUCAUGUGAGUUUGGCAACGGCGAGAAACUUGGUGUCGUAGUACCAUGGACGUCCACUAUGGGGCGCUAACGGUCUCAUUUUCCCCCAUUCGGCAGGUGUCCGUGCUUUUACUUUGAAAGUCGCAACAGGAAGUGCGCGUUUCAUUGUUAGAGCGUGUUGACUGUGGUCCUGCUGCCGCUCAGCCUCCUCCCGUCGUCGCCAUGGUGCAGAUGAUGGAGUCGCAGUGCGAGUAUUUCAUGUAUUUCCCGGCGGUGCCGAUCACGGACCUGUCCGACCCGGCCCGGUACCGCACGCUGCCCCGCAGGAGCCACCUGUACCUGGGCGAGACCGUCCGCUUCCUGCUGGUGCUGCGCUGCAGGGAAGCCGGAGCGACGCCGACCGAGCACGGCCCGGCAGGGGGCGCUGAUGGCACCGCGGCAGGUUUUGGGACGGAAUCGGCCAGCAGCCGGGCGUGGAGGGAGCUGGCCGGAUCUCUGUGCGCCGUGGCGAGCGUGAGUCCGGGUGAGAGCAGUCGUCACCGAGGCAACCACCAUCAGCAUCACCACGACUACCAGAGCAGCGGGGACGAGGCCAACGAGGACGGCGAAGAGGACUACAUCGCGGCGGCCGAGGCCGCCAUCGCUGCGCUGGGCAGCAGGGUGGACUCCCGGUGCCGGAGCUUCAGGGACUGCAAACCUCUGCUCAUCCACAACUCCUCUGGGACGGCGUCGAGGGAGUUCCGCAGGGCGCCCGUCCAGUCUCCUCUAGAUGAGCCGGUGGUCCUGACGGAUGAGGUCAUCUUCCCGCUCACCGUCUCUCUGGACAAACUGCCCGUCAGCACCCUUAAAGUCAAGGUGAUGGUCACGGUGUGGAAGAAGGAGGCGGAGAAAGUGGAGGUGCAGGAACUCGGCUACCUGAGCGUGCUGCAGCAGAGAGAGCCGACGCACACCUUCAGACACGACCUGAACACCUUCAAGGCUCAGGUGAGCACCACCCUGACCGUCCUGCCGCCUCCAACCGUCCGCUGCAAGCAGAUGACUGUUUCUGGAAAACACCUCGCGGUCUUAAAAGUGCUGAACGAGUCUUCUCAGGAGGAGGUGAGUGUUCGGGAUGUUCGCAUUUUACCGAACCUCAACGCCUCCUACCUUCCCGUGAUGCCCGACGGCUCCGUGCUGCUGGUGGACAACGUGUGUCAUCAGUCCGGUGAGGUCGGCAUGGCGUCCUUCUGCCGGGUGGACAGCCUGGCCUGCCGUCUUCCCAGCAUGCUCAGCGCUUUGGAGGAGCAUGACUUCCUGUUCCAGCUGCACCUCAACGACAUGCCGCAGGACGACUCCAGUGAGGGGCUGGAGGUUCCUCUGGUCGCUGUGCUGCAGUGGUCAACUUCCAAGAUGCCUUUCACCAACUGCAUCUACACCCACUACAGGUUGCCCAGUAUCCGUCUGGACCGGCCGCGCUUCAUCAUGAUGGCCAGCUGUCCGAGCACCGUCAGGGUGAAGGAGCACUUCAAGGUCAAAUACGUUCUUCUCAACAACCUGCAGGACUUCCUGGCUGUGCGGCUCGUCUGGACUCCAGAGGGUCGAGGUCAGGGGGAAGACGCAGCGCUGUCUGCCGUGGUCUGUCACACCCCUCUCAGUAACCUGGGUCACUGCCGCAAAGGAAGCACUCUGUCGUUCAGCGUGGCCUUCCAGAUCCUCAAACCAGGACUGUACGAGCUGAGUCAGCACAUGAAGUUAAAGCUCCAGUUCACAGCGUCGGUGUCCAACCCUCCACCCGACGCCCGGCCCCUGUCACGUAAAAACAGCCCGUCCAGCCCGGCGGUUCGAGACCUCCUGGACCGACACCAGGCCAGUCUGGGGCGCUCUCAGUCCUUCUCCCACCAGCAGCCGUCUCGGUCCCACAUCAUGAGGACGGGCAGCGCCAUGGAGCGACGGGCCAUCACGCCUCCCGUUGGCUCUCCGGUCGGUCGGCCGCUCUACCUGCCGCCGCAGGACAAGUCGCUGCUGUCGCUGGACAAGAUCGCCAAGAGGGAGUGCAAAGUCCUGGUGGUGGAUCCUGUCAGCUAGGCAGCGAGAGGAGAGGCUUUUAUUUUGAUAGAGAAACGCUCACGAGAAGAGAUGACAAAGAAGCUGACUUCAUGUUACUGCAGGAAACACCCCUGUGUUUGAUCAGCUGACCAAUCAGAACAACGAGGAAGAAGUUCAUCCUUCAGCUGAAAUAUUUCAUGUUUUAUUGUAUUUAAAGACACGUUGGGUUUUCCAGCUCGUUUCCUGGAAGCGUUCUUUAAAGUUUUAUCUUAUAUUUAUCUUUAAAGCAUCGUCCAGAUGGAGCCACUGAAUCGUUUUAUGCUCCAGGUGUGUUUUACAGGAUGAAAGCUGCAAACACGCAGCUCAGCUCCACAAAGAGCUGAAGAACUGAGAAUUUAUUUUACAUUGUUUAGUAAAGUUUCCAGGAAAUGAGCUGGAAAGUGCCAAACCUGCAAAAUAAAGUGUUAGCUUUUUACUUCUGUGUUAUUUUCAGAGUAAAAGACAUUACAGGUUAAAAACGUAUUAACCUGAGGACAGUCACAGUUAACGUUUUCUUUCAGUGUUAUUUCCUCCAUCGCGUCACAAACGGUAACUUCAGCAGAAUGUUGCUAAUAAAAUGAAUGUAAUGGUCCAGGCUGUUGUUGUGAGUCUGCAGACACCCGGAGCUCCCUCACAGCGUCCCUCUGAGGACACUCAGCCUUUUAUUAAAGAGCAGCAUGAGUCUGCCGCCUUGCUCACGGU